CCACACACAGCAGAGGGAGAGGACGACAUUACCAGCAGCGCUUCACUCGCUUCACUGGACACUCGGCCGAGAGAAAUAACGUUUCGCGGUGGAGAAGCGACUAACGGCGCCUUUACGCGGGUGUAGAAACAGUGCGGGCGGAGCGGGGCGGAGCGGAACGGAGCGUAGUGGAGUACAGUGUAGGACCCUGCGGACAUCAUUGUUUUCCUGCCUGCGUUUGCGGGAUACACACACUGUCUCUCUCUCACACACACACACACACACACACACACACACAGGGGGCGAGAGCGACUGAGCCCUGUGUCCUACAUUUUCAUCUCCACGUAUUUAUUAUUUCAUUCGCUUGUUCCGCGUAUCGGAGGUAUCAGCAGAGGCCGUUCCGUUCGUUCGGCGGGAACUACGCGGGGCUCCUCUCCGUCUGUCUGUCUGUCGGAGACACACGACACGCACGCACGCACGCACGCGCGGUGCAUCGCAUCGGCAUCGCUCCGCCGGCGUCAUGGUGCUCGAGUGAGGAGCGGCGGCGCAGCGGACAUCAUCGUGAGCACCGGCGGCGGCGGGAGAGGAGAGGGAGCGGAUCCGCUCGGCCGCUCCCGAAAUAAUUCGGCGUUGCCGAGUCAAAGCGGCGAAGAUCGCAUCUCCGCGUGACGCGUCGGGAGGGACAUCCUGCGCGCGCGGCCCGGAGCAGAACGACGGGAAUGACACACGGUGACACCUCCGGGCCGUUGUCCCUUUCGCGGUGACUGUGGCCCCGUUCUUCCUCGAGCAGGGCCUGCUACUUAAACCACCCUUGGGAAGUGCUGCCUUGUCCGGGGCGCCCCGAGGAGCCCGCUUUUUACUUUGACCACAAGGCUGAGGAGGAGAAGGAGGAGAAGCCAAGAGGCACAAAGAGGAUUGAUGACAACCGGGCGCUCGGGCCCCUCGCACAGCCGUGAUAAAUUGCGUCUCAUGGUCAGACCCUCUUCGGCGUUGCGCUUCGGUCCCGAAACACUUCCUUCUACCGUGAUACCGGCCGCCCGGUCGUCGUCACCCGUCCCUCGCCCUCACCUGCGCCUCCGUAGGUUAGCGAGCCGCCGGAGCUCUUUGGGCGCGUUCACCGGGUCCGGGCAGCGAAUUCGCAGACGUCUCCGAUGGGGAGCGACGGUGAGAUGUACAGCCGCGAGCUGUCCAAGAUGUCCGACGAGGACUUGCUGGCUUCUUCUAAAGAAGAGCUCGUGGCUCGACUUAGGAAAGAAGAGUCCGACAAGAUAUCGGCCCUGAUACAGCGAGGUCGGCUCAUCAAAGAGGUGAACAAGCAGCUGCAGGGGCACCUUCUGGAAAUUCGAGAGCUUAAAGUCAUCAACCAGCGUCUCCAGGAGGAAAACCAAGAACUCCGAGACUUGUGUUGCUUUUUGGAUGACGACCGGCUUAAGGUGAAGAAGCUGGCCAGAGAGUGGCAGCUUUUCGGCCAUCACGCCGCCAAAGUGAUGCGCGAGGACCUGGGUGGGUAUUUAAAGAAGCUCUCUGACCUGGAGCGACUUCAGGAUGGUCUAGUGAAAGAAAAUUUGGACCUCAAGGAACUUUGCUUAGUGCUGGAGGAGGAGUGCGUCAGCAGGAGUGAUUCCAGCCCCGGAGGGUCAACUGAGCUGAAUUUGCCGUGCAUGGUUGCCCGGGAUAUGGGUGACGGCAGUUCGAGCACCGGGAGCGUUGGAAGUCCGGAUCAGCUCCACCUGGUUUGCUCACCGGAUGACUGAAGAGAGGUUGACUUCCUAUGUCCUUGUGCAGAAAUGGAAACGAAGGCCAAAAUUACUAUUCGACGCAAGGAGACGACGACACAAAAUGAGGAGCAUCUAGGCCUACCUCCCAUCAGCAAUGAUUUUACACUGUAGUGCGGAAGUGAAAUGACACAAAGGAUAACCCGAAGAAGUUUGUUUCUUUGGGCUUUUUGGAACUAUGUAAGAUAAUAGGACUGCAUCACUUUUAUCAAGGAGAAUGGUAAGAAAUAAAGAGCAACAACUGGAUGUUAUACAAGGCUAAAGAAGGCUAAAGAAGAAAAUGAUGGUUCUCUUUGGGGUUAGUAGAUAUGCGCUGGAUUACAGAUUCCUUUUUAAAUAAUGCUAAUCCCAAUUUUUUUUUUUUUUUUUUUUUCCAGUUAGGAAUUGCUGAUUUAAUAUAUUGAAGCUGGGGUGGGGUGUCUUUUAAUGGGAUUGUAUAAAAGUGUGCAAAAGGGAUGUAUAGUAAGUGGGAAACAGAUUAGAGGGGAUUUAAACCAAACUACUGAACUGGGCCAGGUUUAAUCUCUUGCCCUGGACUGUCUUGGACUGACUAGAUUUCACUGAACCAUCCUGCAAUGUAUUAGACCAGGUCAGAUUCCAGAGUCUUACUGGAUUAAAUGUUUUAAAUCAGCCUGAGCCAGACUGGGCAUGUUUACAACUGCUCAGAGUCAAAAAGCACUGAAGUGGAUUGUUCUGGGAAAACAAGAAGAAAAUCUCACAGAGGGAACGUACAGACCUCAUCAAGAGUUGUUUGUCCCGGAAUAAUGAAUUAUAACUCAUUCAGCAAAUUAUAACCCAGAUUACAGCUCGCUUGACGCUGACAAUUUGAUCCGUGAAAGAGAAAUUGAAUUUUAUGCAGAAUGCGUGCCUGUCGUUUUAUCCUUAGUCUCGUAUGUUGGGCCAUAUGAGGCCAGAGGGAUUUAAAGGAGAGGAAAAAACAAACAAAAUUGGGGAUUAUCAGGUUUUUCCAGGACACGUCUUAGUUCUUCACUUUUAUACCGGACUUGAGUGUUGCAUAGUAAACUGGAAUGCAUUACGUACUGUAGCGAACCAAUCGAAACGGAGCGAAGUCGGCAUGGGCCGUACUGUCAUAUCUACCCUGCACCCAGAGGACGAGGCUCAGAUGUGCUUUCCUAGUCCUAGUAUUAAAGUUCUAUACAAUGCUUUAUAUAGUGCAAUAUGGCACAUGACCGUGCUGUACCAUGCUUUGUAGUUAUGAAACGGAACUGGAGCAGUAUUCUGCACAAACACACUGGAGACCUGACAAGGGUGACAUUUGCAGUGGCAUUUAAUUUAACAUGUGCUCAUACGCUUAGACUUUUAAUUGCAGUAUUAACACUUUAUAACUAUCAUUAGAAUUGCAUUGUUACUGUUGAUAUUACCUUUGCUGUACUUAUUUCUGUAUACUCACCUUGCUUAUCAUUGGGAAACUUUUAUCACUUGGUGUUGUGUUCACACUUUCGCAAUAUUACCACCUCCAUCAGUAUUAUUUGAAUCGUUUUGAUUUGUGUUUUAGAAACUGUUCUCUUUGAAUGGCUAGUCUUCAAUGGCUGUAUCCCUGGCUUCUCUCGAUGGGCAAUGAUUAUGAAAUGCGGGUGAGCUAUAAAUACAGUGACAGAG